AUGGGCAGGUGCUGCUUCUACGCGGUGGGGACGCUGUCCCUCCUCCUGCUGGUGACCAGCGUCACGCUGCUCGUGGCCCGCGUCUUCCAGAAGGCCGUGGACCAGGCCAUCGAGAAGACCAUUGUGCUGAGGAAUGGCUCUGAGACCUUCGACUCCUGGAAGCAGCCCCCGCUGCCUGUGUACAGCCAGUUCUAUUUCUUCAAUGUCACCAAUCCCGAGGAGAUCCUCGGAGGGGAGAUCCCUCGGUUGGAAGAAGUGGGGCCAUACACCUACAGGGAAAUCAGAAACAAAGCGGAUAUUCAGUUUGGCGAUAAUGGAACAACCAUAUCGGCUGUCAGCAACAAAGCCUAUGUUUUUGUACAAAACCUAUCUGUUGGAGAUGCUCAAAGUGACUUAAUUAGAACACUAAAUAUUCCUGCAGUGACAGCCAUGGAGUGGGCACAGCAAGGCAUCAUCCAGAGGAUCAUCCGGGCCCUGCUAAAGGCUUACCGGCAGGAGUUCUUUGUGACUCACACGGUCCACGAGUUGCUCUGGGGCUACAAAGAUGAGAUCUUGUCCCUCAUCCACCCUUUCAAACCUGACAUCCCUCCCUAUUUUGGCUUGUACUAUGGGAAAAAUGGGACUAAUGAUGGAGACUAUGUUUUUCUAACUGGAGAAGACAAUUACCUUAACUUUUCAAAGAUUGUGGAAUGGAAUGGAAAAACGUAA